AUGGGCUACAACGUAGGGGGAUAUGGAAUGGCUCGCUCGGGAAUUUUUAUCGUGUUGAUGGGGUUGUGGAGGUUUAGCUCUGCUUGCCCUGCAUCCUGCACUUGCAGCAUCUCAAGGCUUGUUUGUAUCGAUCCUGACCCAGGGAUCGAGGAUUUCCCUAUCCUUACGUUAGAUGACAUGGAAAUGGACAUCAACAUCACCGAUAUAUACAUUGCAAAUCAAAAUCGACUAUUUGACAUUAAUGAUAACAGCUUGAAGUACUACUCGAAUCUCAGAAAUCUAACUGUGACAAAUACGGGACUGACUUCUAUCUCAUCAGAAGCCUUUUUCAACAAUACAAGACUUCAAUAUCUGAAUCUGAGAGACAAUAACUUGUCAACACUGUCCUGGAGGACAUUCAUAAACUUAAACAUGACAUCUUUUCCUCUCCUGUCUGGUAACCCUCUGGAGUGUGUAUGUGAGAACAUGUGGAUCAAACUGAGGCUGCAAGAGGACAUUGACAGUGCAGAAAGUCAACAGCUGAAAUGCAUAGACGACCUUGGAGUGAGGAGGGCCAUCUCCAGAUUAAUUCUCCCUGAUUGUGAGGCUCCCGCAGUGGAGGUCAGUCCCUCUAUCGUCACAAAGACGGAGGGAAGUGAUGUCACAGCAGUGUGCAGUGCAACAGGGUCUCCUGCCCCUGAGAUCUCGUGGAAUUUGGACACCAUCUUCACCAGCUAUGAGGUCAAUGUCUUGGAGCUGGAAAGCAAUCUGACACUGUCAGGUCUCUCGCCUUCGGACAACGGCAGAGUGAUCACUUGCAAUGUGGAGAACGUAGUCGGCCAAACCGAGGCUUACCUCCAACUCAACAUCCUCUUUUGCCCCACUAUCCUGGAGCUGCUGGAGCCAUUGAGACUCCACCACUGGUGUAUCCCUUUCAGUGUGACUGGGAACCCCAAGCCCGAGCUGCAGUGGUACCACCAGGACCAGGAGCUCCAUGAACAAGAGUAUAUCAAGACUGAGAUCCACAAGAGCCUUGGAAGCGUUCACCACGGCUGCCUGCAGCUUGCCAACCCGACUCACAUCCACAACGGGCAGUAUACGCUGGUGGCCAGGAACGAGUUCGGGGAGGACCAGAAAGUCAUUGACGCCCACUUCCUGCUCCCGCCAGACGAGGGCGACUAUCCCUCAGAACAGCCAUAUUACCCUUACACCACUGACUCACCACUACCCCCAAUAGACGACAGUGUUGCAGUGUACGUAGUGGUGGGAAUCGCUGGUGUGGCAUUAAUUGUAUGUGUUCUGAUGGUGAUCAUUCUGAAAUACGGAAGAAACUCUAAGUUUGGGAUGAAGGGCUCCUCCUCCUCGGUCAUCAGUAACGAUGAUGACUCUGCCAGUCCUCUUCAUCACGUCUCAAACGGCAACAACACCCCGUCGUCCUCGGAGAUGAGCCACGAUGCGGUGAUCAUUGGAAUGACAAAGAUCCCUGUCAUCGAGAACCCGCAGUAUUUCCGCCAAUCUGGCAGCAUGCUGAAAUCGGACACAUUUGUCCAGCACAUCAAGAGACACAACAUUGUGUUGAAGCGUGAGCUGGGAGAGGGGGCCUUUGGGAAGGUGUUUCUGGCUGAGUGCUACAACCUGACUCCAGAUCAGGACAAGAUCCUGGUGGCUGUCAAGACGUUGAAAGAGGCCAGCGAGAGUGGCCGUGCUGACUUCCACCGGGAGGCGGAGCUGCUGACCAACCUGCAGCACGAGCACAUCGUCACCUUCUACGGCGUGUGUGUGGACAGCGACCCGCUCAUCAUGGUGUUCGAGUACAUGAAGCACGGCGACCUCAACAAGUUCCUCAGGUCCCAUGGUCCUGACAUGGUGCUGAUGGCUGAUGGGCAGCACAGCCUGAUGGUGGAGCUGACCCAGUCCCAGAUGCUACACAUCGCCCAGCAGAUUGCUGCAGGCAUGGUCUACCUGGCCUCCCAGCACUUUGUCCACAGAGACCUGGCCACACGCAACUGUCUAGUGGGAGAGAACCUGCUGGUCAAGAUUGGGGACUUUGGAAUGUCCAGGGACGUGUACAGUACCGACUACUACAGAGUGGGGGGUCACACCAUGCUGCCCAUCCGGUGGAUGCCUCCUGAGAGCAUCAUGUACCGGCGGUUCACCACGGAGAGCGACGUCUGGAGUCUGGGCGUGGUCCUCUGGGAGAUCUUCACCUAUGGGAAGCAGCCCUGGUACCAGCUCUCCAACAAUGAGGUGAUUGAGUGCAUCACCCAGGGGCGCGUGCUGCAGCGGCCGCGUUCUUGUCCAAAGGAGGUGUACGACCUGAUGCUGGGCUGCUGGCAGAGAGAACCCUACAUGAGACUGAACAUCAAAGAGAUUCACAGCCUGCUCCAGAAUCUGUCCAAGGCCUCGCCUGUCUACCUGGAUAUUCUGGGCUGAGUGAGUCUGAUCGGCUGUGUUUGUGUAUGGGAGGGAAUGAGGGUGGAGUUGUGUGCGUAUGAGCGAGCAUACUGUUUGUAUGGGUGCGAAUAAGGGUGUUUGUGUGUGUGAGCAUACUGUGUGUGUGUGUAUGGGUAGGAUGAGGGUGGAGGUGUGUGUGUGUGUGUGUGUGUGUGUGUGUGUGGUGUGUGUGUGUGUGCGUGAGCAUACUGUAUGUGUGUAUAUGGGUAGGAUGAGGGUAGAGGUGUGUGUGAGCAUACUGUAUGUGUUUCUGUGUGCUGACUGUGCUUCUGCCUGCUCAUCACAUAGACAAAAGCCUUACAUUUGAUUGCCAUUUCCUUUCCUUGUCCAUUUGAAAAUACUCUUAGGACCCGUUUCUCAAACCCAGAUUAAAAGAAUCCUGGAGUAGGCCCAAUUCUGGUUUAGUUCAUCAAGAGCAAAAAAUAGGAUUUCAUAAACAUCAGUUAACCUUGAAUUACAUACUCUUGGACUUUGACGGGGACUUUUUAAAUAAU